AUGGUUUCACACAAGUCAGUGCCAGCUUUAUUUGUGUUAGUGUGGUUCUUGUCUGUCUGUUGCAGUGGUCAAUUGAUCUACAAAGACAUACAAGACGGAGCAAUUUUGAAGGUGGAAAUUGACCAAGAUUAUUCCUUAGAAUUUCCAGUCUAUCCGAACACCUCUUUUACACUCAAGACUUUUUCUAUUGUUAUCCCACAAAACCCUUCGGGAAGAAUAAUUUCCAUCGAAGGAACCACAACUCUGUCCCAUACUCCCGACGUUCCUUGUUUUGAUUAUUCGGUGAGGCUGUCUGACGUACCCGAGGCCAAUACUUUGGUGUCCACUUUCGGGCCAAACAAAGGUUAUUACUAUUUGGAUCUACCCUACUCUCCCUGUAGUACAUAUAUACUCAUGAAACCUGCCAUCUCAACACAGCAAAGACGAACACCAAGUGCUCAUUGA